AUGACAAGCAGCCUGGUUGGCAAAAAGAUGGCAGUGUCCAACUCAGGUUGGCCUUCUCUCGGGUACCUGGGUCAAAUUUUUCCCCCGUUGAACCCCGGUCACGGACAAUGGAUCAGUGUUCGACCAGGAGGCUGGUGGUUCUAUCCUAGGACUGUAUACUACCUGCAAAUAGCCUCCCACUUGUGCGUGCUAUUGUUUUUGUGCAGUGUCCCGGUCACUUUAGCCACAGAACUUGACCGUACGGCCUUUGUCCACAUUCGACUGACCGAUCCUCCACCUCCAUCUUCAGAACGGAGUCCAACAAAUGGAUCGUCCAAUUCUUCAGGGGAAUCUCCGACAGCGACGGCGUCGUCAUCAUCAACAUCACAAAAUACUACAAAUAAUAGAAGGAGAGGGGGGGAUCGACCGACUCAGGGUAGACACCGUGACGGCCAUCGGCAAAGUGGACAUUCGGCUGACCCUGAGGUCAUCACUCCUGAGGCAAACCGUGAAGUACACAUAAAAGGCUGGUUUGCCAAAGCUGGUAAUGUCAAAUUCGCCGAGGGACCCCUACAUCUGAUGCAACCUGAAUGUAAUGAUGCCAAAUCAAAUGCAGAAGAUGCAGUGCCUGCAUCAGAAUUACCCAAAGAUUGGAUUGCUGUUAUGUAUCAUUCAAAAACAUCUGCAAAUGCAGAGAACAAUGACACCGAAUCCAAUUGUUCAUCUGUUAUUGAAAGGGUAAGACGAGCUCUUAUGUUGGGGGCAUCAGCCAUCAUCUUAUUGACACUUAACCCAAAGAUUCUUCGAGAGUUGGAUGUGUCUCAACUUUUCUUCCGUCCCAUUGUGAUUCUUGAAGUUGUUGAUAAUGUCACCAACUUUCUAACAACUCAAGGAUGCAAAUUAAAAGCGAAAGCAAAGAUUAUGUUUAAUCAAUCAUUCUUUGAUCUUCAGAAAUUCACCACACUUACUCUGUGGUCUACAUGUGGCAAAUCAAGCUGCUGGAGUUACCCCAAAAUGAACUGUGUCGUUUGCCUAUCCAAUAUGUCUUCAAAGCAAGGAAAAGCAGAUCCUGGAAACUUCUGGAACUUUUUUUACUGUGGCUUGCUGACUCUGAUGAUGGCGUUUGUAAUCAAAACACGUCGUGGAAGCUGUGAUCAAGAAGUAGAUAUGGCCUCAUACCAACUUGCUCAUGAAGCUCUGACUGUGAUAGGAACCCAAAAAUAUCAAAAUCCUUGGUUAACUGGAGAUUAUUACCAAGAUACAUGUGCAGUGUGCCUCGACCAAUUCCAUCGUAAACAGAAAUUACGAGUGUUACCUUGUUCUCAUGCUUAUCAUUGCAAAUGUGUUGAUCCUUGGUUAGUCAAAAACCGAACAUGUCCACUGUGUAAGCUGAACAUUGUUGACAAACUUGUUCUCUCUCUCUUUCUCUCUCUCUCUUUCUCUCUCUCUCUCUCUCUCUCUCUCUCUCUCUUUCUCUCUCUCUCUCUUUCUCUCUCCUUAAUCUUUCCUCUCCCUUUUUUUUACCUUUACUCUCCUUUGAAUUUUUUUUCCAUUCUCUCGUGUUCAUCAUCUUUCUUUCUUUAUUUAUUUAUUUAUUUAUUUCUUUCUUUCUUUCUUUCUUUCUUUCUUUCUUUCUUUCUUUCUUUUCCCGACCGUCAUUUCUUUCUUUUCUUUCUUUCUUUCUUUCUUUCUUUCUUUCUUUCUUUCUUUCUUUUCCUGUCCGUCAUUUCUUUCUUUCUUUCUUUCUUUCUUUCUUUCUUUCUUUCUUUCUUUCUUUCUUUCUUUCUUUCUUUCUUAUCUCCAUCUCCUCUCUCCAUUUCUUCUAUCUUCUAUUCCUUUCCUUUUCUACCUCUUCCCGUCUUUUCCCUUUCUUUCCUUCCUACCUUCUUGUCUUUACCCGUUUCUCCUCCCCUUCCUCCCAUCAUCUCCCAUUGCUCUCCUCCCCUUCCUCCCCUUCCUUUCUUUCCUUCCUUCCUCUCCAUUCCUUCCAUCCUUUCCUAUUACUUCCUUUUUAACUCCCGUCUCCUUGUCUUUACUCAUUUCCCCUCCCCAAUCUUCCUAGCCUCUCCCAUUACUCUCCUCUCCUCUCAUUCCUUCCUGCUCUUAGACUAUCUUUAUUCGCGCCCGUCAUUUCUUUCUUUCUUUCUUUCUUUCUUUCGCGCCCGUCAUUUCUUUUUCUUUCUUUUUCUUUCUUUCUUUCUUUCUUUCUUUCUUUCUUUUCCCGCCCGUCAUUUCUUUCUUUCUUUCUUUCUUUCUUUCUUUCAUCUAGCAAAAAUGCGAAUUGAUUCCUAUGUCAUUAUUCCAUCUAUCUAUCUAUCUAUCUAUCUAUCUAUCUAUCUAUCUAUCUAUCUAAUUUGA